AUUGAGCUGUCAACUGGGUCAGUCGCCAACACAGCUGCUAAAGUUUUACAUUUUUAGAAUAAUUACAAGAAUUUUACAAAUUCUUUCACACAAGGGAAUUGUUAAAAUGGUGAUACAACAAGUAAAAACAGUGCUAUUAAGCAUUAUAAAGUUAUUAAAAAGAAUGAUGUGUUGUUUCUCAUUUGGGCGGCGACGUAAACCAAGUUUUUCAGAGCCAAUGGAAAUAAAAAUUGUUGUUGAUGGGGGACAAGCAACAUUACCGGUGGGAGCGCAGUCGCCGAAUUCUACACGGCUAUCGCAAACACAACACAUGGAAAGAGACUGGAAUACUUGGGAUGAUAGCCCGCGUACGGUCACAGAGCACAUUGAACAGUAUCGACAGAGAUUAGCUAAACCGCCAACGCCACCGCCAGCAGAGCAAGAACCCGAUUUCUUCACAGAAUUAACACCCGUAAUAAAACCUCAACCAAAAUACUACCUCGGUGACGAUAACACUGAUAAAGCAAAUUUUUCAAGAUUAGAAGCUAAAACAGACGUGCCAAUUACAAUGAAUGCUGAUCUUGAGGACUGGGUAGACGAUUCAGUCGAUGGCGGCUGGGAUGAACUAGACACGGAGCAAACUAAGCAACUAAUACGUGAAAAUCGCCGACAAAUGCGUCAACAACGUCAACAGAAAAACUCAAAAACUGCCGGAAUUGAAACUUCACAAAUGGGACGUGGCGCCCAGCAUAGUCGCACAUAGUAUAGGUGGUCAUCACGGGAUCACUACGAUACAAUGCAUAUACUGACUUAAGGAAUUUGAGUGCAAUUUUGAGUGAAUGUUUUAUUUUUUAAUUGGUUUGGUAAAUAUGCCGUUGUAAAUACGCUAUUGGCAGACACAAACACACGCAAUACUAAAAACAAUUUAAAAGUGCAUGUUUGAUUAUGAUUUUAUGACUGCUUUGUUUUAGUAAAUUUAUGCAUAGGGAAUUGAAAUGUAAAGCAUUUAAAAUUAAUUCAAUUACAUUCCUAAAUACAGUGC